CGUGUACAGCAACGUGACAGAUAAAACAAGGUCUUCUCUUUUUUUUUUCCCUCGUUCGGUGGAAUUUCGCCUGUACGGUGCGACGAUGAGGCGAGCUAGGUCGUCAUAAGGUUUGAGAGAAUAGUCAGAAAGACCGAAAAAACAACAACAACAAUCAAACUUGGAUCUUUUCCGUUGAAACGAACAACCAUGGAUGCCGUGAACGCGUUCAACAUGGAGUUGUUCUCCAUGAUUGAUAUGAAGCCUCCAAUAUCCCGUGCUAAGAUGAUGUCAGUAACAAAAUCGGCAAUAAAAGCUAUCAAGCUUUACAAGCAUGUUGUUCAGAUUGUUGAAAAGUUCAUCAAGAAGUGCAAGCCAGAAUUAAAAGUCCCUGGUUUGUAUGUAGUUGACUCCAUUGUUCGUCAAUCACGUCAUCAGUUUGGUGUUGACAAGGAUGUGUUUGGACCGAGGUUCCUGAAGAAUUUCCCCGAUACUUUUCAAAAUCUUUACUUUUGUCCUGAGGAUGACAAGAGCAAAAUUUUGCGUGUGCUCAACCUGUGGCAGAAGAACAGUGUUUUUGACAUGGACAUAAUCCAACCUCUCUUGGAUAUGGCCUCUGGCUGUUUAGUGCCUGUCCCCCCACUUGAAGGCUCAUUUGCCAACGAACCACCGUCACAGCCUCCUGUCACGAGUGCCUCAGCUGUGCCCCAGUUGCCCAAUCCUGAUGCAUUGGCUGCGGUGGCACAACUGUUUCAGUCCUCACAGGGUCAGGAGCUACAGAGGAUGCUGCAGAAUUUACAACAACAAGAGGACAAGACCCUGGUAACCGCCAUGGCAAACGACUUCCCAGCCCAUGUCCAGAUGCCUGAGGCCCAGCAUAGUCCACACAACACACACAUGGAGCAAAAAGCCUCUUUAGCCAAGAAACUCCUUGACCAUUUUGAUUACGAUGAUGAACCGGAGGAUAUGAAGAAUAGAGGAAGCAGUGCCUCAUCUUUAGAUGCCGCAGGAAAUACAUUUCAGCAGUUUCCUGGUCAGAUACCCACCAUGGGAAAUUUUCAGCCACACAUGACUGGAGAGGCUGGUGGUAGCGAGCAUGGUGGAGUAAUGAUGCAUGGUGAACCACAAGUGAUGCCUGACAGAUACCCCUCCAUGACUGAGGCAUAUGCUCACCCACAGGGAAGUUCAAUGGAAGAGUCAUCCAUCAGGAGGGAAGCCAGGCACAGAGGCUACGGCAGAAGAUCGAGAUCCCGAACAAGGUCAGGAUCCCCCAGGAGAGAUAGAUCGAGGUCUACAUCCCAUUCGAGGAUGCCGCGGCAUCGGGGUGCUCGUUCUCGCUCCAGAGAGCGGCGCUGGAGAUCCCGCUCUCAUUCACAGGACAGGAAUGAAAGGGAGAAAGAUCGAGAGCGAAGACAGAAAGGCCUGCCUAGCAUUAAGAGCCAAACACUCAAUGUUUGCAGCACAACUUUGUGGGUAGGACAACUAGACAAAAGAACCCAGCAGUCUGAUGUGAUGUCCCUUCUGGAAGAGUUCGGCCAGAUUGAGUCCAUCAAUAUGAUUCCUCCCAGGGGUUGUGCCUAUAUUGUUAUGGUUCACAGACAAGAUGCCUAUACUGCUUUGCGCAAACUCAGUAAUGGGUCAUUUAAAGUUAACCAGAAACCCAUCAAGAUUGCUUGGGCUUUGAACAAAGGUAUAAAGACAACGUACAAAAAGUUCUGGGAUGUGGAGCGGGGAGUUACCUACAUCCCAUGGAACAAAGUCAAAGUUGAGGAGCUGGAGAGCUUUCGGGAAGGAGGCAUGCUGGAUGUGGACACACUGAAUCCAGAAUGGAAUGAUGCUCUCAUGGACAUCAAAAAACCUGUAGGUGUUAAUGGAGCCCUGGAAAGUAUUCAGGCAGAUGGAUCAGUCAGUGCUCAAAUUCAGGUGCCAACAGUUCAACAGGCAGCAUCCAUGGUGGGGUUAGGUGCUUUUGCUAGACACAUUUUGCCUCCAACCACAUCUAUGCCUCCAGGAGGACCCACUUUCCUUCCAGCAGGGUUCGACCCUACAAAGUUACUACCAGGCUUUUCAGCCACUGCCGCUGCAACAGGAUCCGGAAACACGAUGGAAAACUCAUCCAAAGAUACGACAGGAAACAGUGGCACAUCGUCUGAUGCAAGCCCUGAUCUACAUCUAGGAUCACCAGUUGCAGCAGUGAUGAACCUGCCACUCCCACUGGACAUGCAGGGCCUGGGCCCGGGUAUGCCACAUGUCCAGCAUUCACCUGGUGCGCCAAACCCUCAUCUACCUCCAUUCCUCCCACUUCCAAACAUGCCAUCCAUCCCCCCUCAAAUGAUGCCUGGUGGUCCAGUGUUCCCACCAGAUAGGUUCAGGAUGCAAAUGCCCUUCCAUCCCCAUGUACCACCAUUCCCCCAGCGGCAUCCUUUACAACCUGAAGAGAUGGAUGACAGAAAUGGAAGACUUUUCCGAAAUGGAAGUCCAGGGUUUCGGUACCCAACCUAUCCCAGGGGAAGGUGGUAAAGAUUGGUUGAAAGAUGGACCCAAAGGAGACAAUAAGCCACUAUGACACGUACAAAUACCGAACAGGAUACUUGGCUCACAAAGACCAUUGUGAAAUGAUUCCAGAGUCCUGUGGUCAGAGAGACUUCAUUUACAACCCCAGAAACAUGUUUUGUUGUCAAUCUGGCAACCAAAACGAUUUUGAACGUUGUCCUCGCAAACAACUCCUACCACUUGAAAACUGUGAAAGAGUUCAAGCUGGUUCUGUUAAUAUUGUUUAUACUUGUAGGUGUUUAAUACCUUUUUUGUAUAUUUGAAAUCUUGUUUAGUUUGCUGUUUGGACUGUCAACUUGGUUGGUAGAGGACGAAGAGGCAAUGUCUGAAUGUUCUCAUUCAUCCAGGUCAUGGUUAUCCAAAGGAGUUGAAUCAAGUGCAACUGGAUACCAAGUCCAGUUGCACUUGAUUCAACUCCUUGGGACAAAGAGGCAAUGUCUAUUUUUUUUGUCUUGUCCUUUACCACAGUUGGUUUGUGUUGUGUAAAAACGGAGUGGAAAACCUUACUUUACACAUUUCGCCAUUCACAUGUGAUUUUGUAAAACGCUUUUGUGUGAAGCCAAUUUCUCAUUCAUCCCUGUCACAAUGAGAGAGGUUGCUGCUGAUAUGUGGAAUUUAUAUCCCAACAGCAGGGGGGUAUAGCAAACCUUGUUACCAUCCCCCACAUACUGGGGUCGAACCUCGUGCUUUUACGGUGGGAGUCAGAUUUUAAGGGAGGGUAGGGUUCAGAAUACCGACCUUCCUCUAAUAAUGAUACGUCAUAUACUCUUGGGAUUAGCAUGGCCCUGUUUCUCGGAUGUAGUGCUAUGAUAAUCGAAAUAACUGUUUAUGGCAGUAGUAUGUGUGUGUUUUUUUUUGCUUUUUUUUUUUUUUUGCUUAGUUCCUGUAGAAUUCACUUGCAGCUGCACUGUCAUCUAGUUCAUUCAUAUUGUGUGCACAUCAAUUAA